ACGCGACGAUCACGAUGUUUCCAACAGUUCUUGAAUGUAACAGAAAGAUCCUAAGUGACAGAGCAGAGGCAGAAAAGCGGCAGGGAGCUGCCAGCAUCGUCUCAUACCGUCGCUGGACAGAAAGCUCCGUGCCCAGGGAGAUAUGGAGACGCCGGGGAGAAUAGCAGCUACACCGGACGCUGUGGACUUCACGGUGGAAAACGUAGAGAAGGCUCUACACCAGUUGUAUUAUGAUCCCAAUAUAGAAAACAAGAAUCUAGCCCAGAAAUGGCUAAUGCAAGCCCAAGUCUCACCUCAGGCCUGGCAGUUUUGCUGGGCACUACUGAGCCCAGAUAAGGUGCCUGAAAUCCAGUACUUUGGUGCUAGUGCUCUUCACACUAAGAUCUCCAGGUACUGGUCCGACAUCCCCACAGACCAGUAUGAGUCUCUGAAGAGCCAGCUGUUCUCCCAGAUUGCCUGCUUCUCCUCCGGCUCCAAGAUGGUGCUGACCCGGCUGUGUGUGGCGCUGGCCUCUCUCGCGCUCAACACGAUGCCGGAGGCCUGGCCUGGCGCCGUGGCAGAAAUGGUGCGGGUGUUUCAGGAGGAGGGGGGAGGGGUGGAUGGCCGGGCUCGCUGCCUGGCAUUACUGGAGCUGCUCACUGUCCUGCCUGAGGAAUUCCAGACCAGCCGCCUGCCGCAGUACCAAAAGGGACAGGUCCGAGGAGCCCUGGGCCGGGAGUGGGGGUCAGUCUGUCCCUUACUGCAGCAACUGCUCCGGCGGACAGAUAGCCCCGGGGCAGUGAAAGCUCGCGUGCUGCGCUGCCUGUCAUCAUGGGUGCUGCUAGAUGUGCCCCUCAGCGAAAGUGAAGUCCUGGUGCACGACUGCUUCGGUGCCUUGUCUGACCCGGAGCUCUUCGACACAGCCGUGGAGGCAAUAGUCAACGCCAUCUCGCAGCCUGACUCCCAAAGAUAUGUGAACACUUUGCUGAAACUUGUUCCUCAAGUCCUGGCCCUUCAGGAGCAGCUCAGAGAGGCUGUCCAGAAUGGAGACAUGGAGACGUGCCACGGUAUUUGUCGGAUCGCUGUCACACUGGGAGAGAACCACUCUAGGACUCUGUUGGCGCAGGUGGAUCACUGGCAGAGCUUCCUGGCUUUAGUCAACAUGAUCAUGUUUUGUACAGGCAUCCCUGGCCACUACCCGGUCAAUGAGACCACCAGCUCCCUCACACUCACCUUCUGGUACACUCUGCAGGAUGAAAUCAUGUCCUUCGAGUCGGAUAAGCAGGCAGUGUACCUUCAGGUUUACAGGCCUGUAUAUUUCCAGUUGGUGGAUGUUCUGCUCCACAAAGCCCAGUUCCCAUCUGACCAGGAGUACGCAUCCUGGUCCUCAGACGAAAAGGAGCAGUUCAGGAUUUACAGGGUGGAUAUCUCUGACACACUCAUGUAUGUAUACGAGAUGCUGGGAGCAGAGCUGCUGAGUAACCUGUAUGACAAACUAGGGAGACUGUUGACUAAUGCAGAGCAGCCUACCUCAUGGCAGCACACAGAGGCUUUGCUGUAUGGCUUCCAGUCCAUAGCAGAGACGAUAGAUGUGAAUUAUUCCGAUGUCAUCCCGGGCUUAAUAGGACUCAUCCCCAGAAUCAGCAUCAACAAUGUCCAGUUAGCAGACACAGUAAUGUUCACAAUAGGUGCACUGGCAGAAUGGUUGGCAGACCACCCAGUGAUGCUCAGCAGCGUGCUACCGCUCGUGUUACAAGCAUUAGGGAACCCAGACCUUUCAGUUUCUUCUGUCUCAACACUCAAGAAAAUCUGCAGGGAAUGUAAAUAUGAUCUGCCACCGUACGCCACCAACAUAGUAGCAGUUUCUCAGGAGGUGCUUAUUAAACAGAUUCACAAGACAAGCCAGUGCAUGUGGCUGAUGCAGGCUCUCGGCUUCCUGCUCUCCGCUCUCCCUGUAGAGGACAUCUUAAGAAAUCUUCACUCGCUCAUCACACCUUACAUUCAGCAACUGGAGAAGUUAGCAGAUGAGACGCCUAAUCCCUCCAAUAAACUGGCGAUCAUCCACAUCUUGGGGCUGUUGUCCAACCUGUUCACAACGCUUGACAUUAGCAAGCAAGACGAUGAGUCAGCGGACAGCUCUGCUCCACCCGUCAAAACAGCGCCACCCCCACCUGGACCAAACCCGGUGGUGGUGGUUCUGCAACAAGUUUUCGCGCUCAUCCAGACGGUGCUGAGCAAGUGGCUCAACGACUCACAGGUUGUGGAGGCGGUGUGUGCCAUCUUUGAAAAGUCAGUGAAGACUCUACUCCAUGACUUUGCUCCCAUGGUGUCUCAGCUGAGUGAAAUGCUCGGGCAGAUGUACAGUACAAUUCCCCAGGCCUCAGCCCUCGACCUCACAAGACAGAUGGUGCAUAUCUUUGCCAGCGAGACCGACCACUUCCCACCAAUUAAGGCUCUGUUUGAGCUGGUUACCUCGGUAACCCUCUCCAUCUUCCAGCAAGGACCCAGGGAUCAUCCUGAUAUUGUUGAUUCAUUUAUGCAACUCCAAGCUCAGGCCUUCAAACGGAAGCCCGAUUUGUUCUUGUCAGAGAGUCUUGAUGUGAAAGCAGUGUUCCACUGUGGAAUUCUGUCGCUCAAAUUUCCGGAGGCCCCGACAGUCAAGUCAACGUGCUUGUUCUUUACCGAACUGCUACCCCGCUGCUCAGACGUGCCUCCCGUAGCCAGAGUUGUGCAGGAGGAUGGAAAGCUGUUGGUACAAGCCGUGCUGGAGGGCAUCGGCGGUGGGGCAUCCCGAAGUCUCAUGGACCAGUUUGCAGAGGUUCUGUUCAGUCUAAACAAGCACUGCUUCUCUCUGCUCGCCGUGUGGCUGAAAGAGGCACUGCAGCCUCCAGGAUUCCCGUCCUCACGCGUCACAACUGAGCAGAAAGACAAUUUCUCUCAGCAGAUACUCAGAGAAAGAGUGAACAAAAGGAGGAUGAAGGACAUCGUGAAGGAGUUCACACUACUGUGCAGAGGUCUCCAUGCCAUGGCUGUGGUGAGGUUCUACAGUAAUGAAGCUCUGAGUGGGCGAGCCCUACAGAGAGCAGCCAAGCUCUACCCGCAUCUGUCAGUAAAGACCGAGCUCUGCUACAACGUGGAGCUGACAGGCUGUGAGAGUCUGGGUGCCGAGCAGAAGGAGGUCCUCCUGUGGCUGUUUAGCCCUCUCCUGCGGGCAGAGCCACUGUCUGAAAAACCAAACCUCACAGAGGGCAGCGGGGAGAAACUGGUGGAGAUUGGACCCAGGCUGAACUUCUCCACCGCCUGGUCCACCAACGCCGUGUCCAUCUGCCGGAGCGCCGGGCUGGCGGCCGUCACCCGGGUGGAGCUGUCCCGCAGGUUCCUCAUCAAGCCCACGAGCGGCCCCGGUGCGGGCGACCUGAGCGGGGAUGUGGAGAGGCUGAUCCAGUGCCUGCACGACGGGAUGACGGAGUGCGUCUACCAGCGCCCCGUCGCCUCCUUCGCCGUGGAAACCGAGCCGCAGCUGGUGUUCGAGGUGGACGUCCUGGGGCGGGGCCGCGCCGCUCUGGAGACGGCCAACCACGACUUGGGGCUGGCCUUCGACUCCUGGGACCUGAACUUUUACACCUCCAUGUUCCAGAGGAUUAAAAGGAACCCCACCAGUGUGGAGUGUUUUGACCUGGCCCAGUCCAACAGCGAGCACAGCCGUCACUGGUUCUUCCGGGGCCGGAUGUUGAUCGACGGGCAGGAGCAGAAAGAGACACUCUUCAGCCUCAUAAUGGGCACUCAGCGCCACAGCAACCAGAACAACGUCAUCAAGUUCUGCGACAACAGCAGUGGCAUCCGAGGCGUGGAGGUGGAGUGCCUUUACAGCAAAGACCCGUCCCAAGCGAGCCCGUACGAGACGCGGCGCGCAGUGAGACACGCCAUCUUCACGGCCGAGACACACAACUUUCCGACCGGUCAGGACCCGCCGCUCGCCAGUCUGGCUCUCACACGUGGCCCCGCGUUCUGUGACGAGGCUCAGGUGUUUCUGAACGUGCUGUGCAGCGGCGCCACCACGGGAACCGGCGGCCGCAUCAGGGACGUUCAGAGUGCGGGAAGAGGGGGCCACGUCAUCGCUGGAACAGCAGGAUACUGCUUCGGAAACUUGCACAUACCAGGAUACGACCUCCCAUGGGAGUGUAAAGGAGAGGGGUGGGAGUAUCCUUCCAGUUUCGCCCCGCCUCUGCAGGUGGCCAUCGAGGCCAGCGACGGAGCCUCAGACUACGGCAACAAGUUUGGAGAACCUGUGCUGUCAGGUUUUGCCCGCUCCUUCGGCAUGCGAUUGGCUAACGGUGAGCGGCGGGAAUGGAUCAAGCCCAUCAUGUUCAGCGGCGGUCUCGGGUCGAUUGAAGACACGCACGUGAAUAAGGAAGCGCCGGAGCCAGGAAUGGACGUGGUGAAGAUCGGAGGCCCGGUGUACCGGAUCGGUGUGGGAGGCGGGGCGGCCUCUUCUGUUCAGGUGCAAGGGGACAACUGCAGCGCCAGGGACCUGGGGGCCGUUCAGAGGGGAGACGCCGAGAUGGAGCAGAAGAUGAACCGGGCUCUCAGAGCCUGUUUGGAAAGAAGCAAAGGAAACCCAAUCUGCAGUAUUCAUGAUCAGGGGGCAGGAGGAAAUGGCAACGUGCUGAAGGAGCUCAGUGAGCCAGCAGGCGCUGUGAUUUAUUCCAGUAGGUUCAAGAAAGGCGACCCGACACUGAGCGUGCUGGAGCUGUGGGGAGCAGAGUACCAAGAGAGCAACGCCCUUCUGCUGCGGGCCUCAGACCGAGCCUUCCUGGAGAGGGUUUGUCAGAGGGAGAAGUGUCCCGUUGACUUUAUUGUGCUGGUGGACGACGAGAGGGGCGGCGGCGACCAGGCAGACGGGAGGCGCCACCCUGUGGACCUGCAGCUGGACUGGGUCCUGGGGAAGAUGCCGCAGAAAGAGUUUAAGAUGGAGCGACUGGCCCUGACCCAUCAGCCUUUGACUCUUCCCGCUGACCUUACGGUCAAAGACGCCCUGCAGCGAGUUCUGCGUUUGCCCGCCGUGGCCUCCAAACGUUACCUGACCAACAAGGUGGACCGAUCUGUGACUGGGCUGGUUGCCCAGCAACAGUGCGUCGGCCCUCUCCACACCCCAUUGGCUGAUGCUGCUGUUGUUGCGCUUUCACCGUUCAGCCUGGAGGGAGCAGCAACGGCUAUCGGGGAGCAGCCAAUUAAAGGGCUCGUCUGUCCGGCCGCGGGGGCUCGCAUGGCUGUUGGAGAGGCUCUGACCAAUCUGGUGUUUGCCCGAGUCACAGCACUGAAGGAUGUGAAAUGUAGUGGGAACUGGAUGUGGGCUGCCAAGCUGCCCGGUGAGGGGGCCUGCCUGUGGGAGGCCUGUAAAGCCAUGUGUGAGGUCAUGGGGGAGCUGGGAGUCGCCAUCGAUGGGGGCAAAGACUCCCUGAGUAUGGCAGCAAGAGUGGGGAAGGAGACAGUAAAAGCUCCAGGAGCUCUGGUUAUUUCUGCAUAUGCCAUCUGUCCGGACAUCACUGCCACUGUUACGCCUGAUCUUGAGGAUCCAGAUGGCAAAGGCGUGCUGCUGUGGGUUCCCAUCAGCCCCGGCCGUCACCGCCUGGGCGGCUCGGCCCUGGCUCAGUGCUACAGCCAGCUGGGCGACUGCUCCCCGGAUCUGGACCGGCCUGCAGUGCUGAGCGCCUGCUUCAACACCACUCAGCAACUCCUACAGGAACGCCUGCUCAGCGCGGGCCACGACAUCAGCGACGGUGGCCUCAUUUCCUGCCUGCUGGAGAUGGCCUUUGCCGGAAACCGUGGGAUCGACAUCGAGCUGUCUUCACAAGGAGCUGGAGUCUCGGAGCUGCUGUUCAGCGAGGAGCUCGGCCUGGUCCUGGAGGUUUCGCAGACUGAUCUAGAGACUGUGUCCCGACGAUACGGGGAGGCCGGCGUGCAGUGCCAUCGCAUCGGAUCAACCCGCGGCUUCGGACCGGAGUCCACGGUCCGCGUCUGCGUGGAUGGAGAAGAGGUCCUCCGCGAGCCGCUGCCUGACCUCAGAGCGCUUUGGGAGGACACGAGUUUCCAGCUGGAACGACUCCAAGCCGAUGAGGUCUGCGUCAAACAGGAAGAGGAGGGGCUUGCCAGAAGGACGCAGCCGUACUUCAGACUGAGCUUCAAUCCAUCUGAGGGCCCCAGCAUCGGUCAGCUCCCUCCAGGACCCCCCCGUGUCGCUGUGGUGAGAGAGGAAGGCAGCAAUGGAGAUCGAGAAAUGUCUGUCUCUCUGUAUAUGGCAGGAUUUGAGGUCUGGGACGUCACCAUGCAGGACCUGUGCUCCGGCUCUCUGACGCUCGAACCUUUCAAAGCUGUCGUGUUUGUGGGGGGAUUCAGCUACGCCGACGUUCUGGGAUCUGCUAAAGGCUGGGCAGCAACUGUUGCCUACAACCCGAAGGCAAAGGCUGAAUUUGCUCACUUCCGGCAGAGGGAGGACACUCUGAGUCUGGGAGUGUGUAACGGCUGCCAGCUGCUUGCCCUGCUGGGCUGGGUGGGAGAGGGCGAGGCUGGAGCAGACUCUGAGGUGGUGCUCACUCAUAAUAAGUCGGGCAGGUUUGAGUCGCGGUUCGUCAGUGUUGGGAUUCGGGAGUCCCCGUCUGUCUGGCUCAGAGGCAUGGAGGGCUCCGCUCUGGGAGUCUGGGUCGCACAUGGAGAAGGCCUGGUGCAAUUCCGAAGCUCCAGCGCCAAAGACCUGACUCUUUCCAGUGGGCUUGCCCCCCUCCGUUACCUGGACGACCAGGGUUGCCCCACAGAGGAGUAUCCCAUGAACCCCAACGGCUCUCCGCAGGGUGUCGCGGGGCUCUGUUCCAGGGACGGGAGACACCUGGCCAUGAUGCCCCACCCGGAGCGCUGCACCCUGGGCUGGCAGUGGCCUUGGGCUCCGAGGGACCUCCGGCCCUCCCUCACACCGUCACCCUGGCUGCGCAUGUUUCAGAACGCUGCCAAAUGGUGCAGCAAAACCGAUUGA